GGGCCGCGGAGGCCCGGCGGCGCAGCGCGGUGCAGGGCGGGCAGCGUAGUUCGCCGGGCCCCGAGGGCCUCUGACGCCACACAGGGCGUCGAGUGAGCGCUGAGUGAGGACGGAGGUGACUGGCUGGCUGGCUGGCUGGCGGUGGGGCGGCUGGUCCGGGGAAGAAGGCCCUCGGUGUUUACUCUACGCGAGGCGGCCCCCCGCGCGCUCUCCCCCACCCCCCGCCCGCAGGAGAGGCAGACGGGGCGGCGCUGCAGCCAUGGCCGCCUGUCACACCUGCGCGGCGGCCGCGCGGCUCCUUGGCUCCUCGCUGCCGUCGGCGAGCAGAGGUAUUACAUGUGGUCGUUCUCGCCUCCCUGUCUUAGGAAUAAUUGGGACUUUUGAAACUCGGACUCUAAGACUUGUCCCUUUGAGAACUUUUUCAGAAACAACAGCAUACUUUGCUUCAAAAGAUGGUUCAAGCAAAGAUGGUUCAGGAGAUGGCAGUAAGAAACCUGUUAGUGAAGGCAGCAGUAAAAAGUCAAGUUCUGGAAGCUCCGGCAAAGGUGGAAACCAGCUGCGUUGCCCAAAGUGUGGUGACUUAUGCACCCAUGUGGAGACCUUUGUGUCUUCCACCCGCUUUGUGAAAUGUGAGAAAUGCCACCAUUUCUUUGUCGUGCUUUCCGAAGCAGAUUCUAAGAAGGGCAUAAUUAAAGAGCCAGAGUCAGCAGCCGAAGCUGUGAAGUUGGCUUUCCAACAAAAGCCACCGCCUCCACCCAAAAAGAUUUAUAACUACCUCGACAAAUAUGUUGUUGGCCAGUGUUUUGCCAAGAAGGUGCUUUCAGUUGCUGUGUACAAUCAUUACAAGCGAAUCUACAAUAAUAUCCCUGCCAAUCUGAGACAACAAGCUGAAGUUGAAAAACAAAGUUCCCUGACACCGAGAGAAUUAGAAAUAAGAAGACGGGAGGAUGAGUACAGAUUUACAAAACUUCUCCAGAUUGCCGGUAUUAGUCCCCAUGGCAAUGCUUUGGGAGCGUCGAUGCAGCAACAGGUGAAUCAACAGUUGUCCCAGGAGAAGCGAGGAGGCGAAGUAUUAGAUUCGACCCACGAUGACAUCAAGCUUGAAAAAAGCAAUAUUUUGCUGCUGGGACCAACCGGCUCAGGUAAAACCCUGCUGGCGCAAACUCUGGCAAAAUGCCUAGAUGUCCCCUUUGCAAUCUGUGAUUGUACCACUUUGACUCAAGCAGGCUAUGUGGGCGAAGAUAUCGAGUCUGUCGUCGCAAAACUACUUCAGGAUGCAAACUAUAAUGUAGAAAAAGCUCAGCAAGGAAUUGUUUUCCUGGAUGAGGUGGAUAAGAUUGGCAGUGUGCCAGGCAUUCAUCAGUUGCGAGAUGUGGGCGGAGAAGGCGUUCAGCAAGGCUUGUUAAAAUUACUGGAAGGCACAAUAGUGAAUGUUCCAGAAAAGAAUUCCCGCAAGUUGCGUGGCGAAACCGUGCAGGUUGAUACAACCAACAUCCUCUUUGUAGCUUCUGGUGCUUUUAACGGUCUUGAUAGGAUCAUCAGCAGAAGGAAAAAUGAAAAGUACCUUGGCUUUGGAACUCCAUCUAACCUGGGCAAAGGCAGAAGGGCUGCCGCUGCUGCAGACCUGGCUAAUCUAGGUGGAGAAUCCAGCACACAGCAAGAUAUGGAGGAAAAAGAUCGCUUGCUUCGGCACGUGGAAGCGCGAGAUCUGAUUGAAUUUGGCAUGAUCCCUGAGUUUGUGGGUCGCUUGCCGGUGGUGGUUCCCCUGCACAGCCUUGACGAGAAGACCCUUGUACGGAUUCUUACGGAGCCCCGGAAUGCUGUGAUUCCCCAGUACCAGGCGUUGUUCAGCAUGGACAAGUGUGAAUUGAAUGUUACUGAGGAUGCCCUGAAGGCUAUCGCCAGGCUGGCUCUAGACCGCAAGACCGGUGCUAGGGGUCUUCGAUCAAUAAUGGAAAAGUUACUGCUGGAACCAAUGUUUGAAGUGCCCAAUUCUGACAUUGUGUGUGUGGAGGUGGACAAAGAUGUUGUGGAAGGGAAGAAAGACCCAGGAUAUGUCAGGGCUCCAACUAAAGAUUCUUCGGAAGAAGAGUACGACUCAGGGGUAGAAGAGGAGAGUUGGGCUCGCCAAGCAGAUGCUGCAAACAAUUAAACACUGUCGGAAUGUUCAGCAGAAAAUGCACUUAAUUGUUGUUUGUUGAGACCACACCUGGCUUUGCAGCCUCUUGCUAAGUUGGAUAUCUCCUGAAUACAAUACAUGGUCAGAAAACUGUUGACAACUCUAAUGGGAAUCGGAUCAUGUAGUUCGUGCAACAUCGCAUUGAUUUAUUCGGUGGACACUCGGACUUCGAUGGUAUAAUGUUCAGAAAUGAAUUGUAUAUUUUCUUCAGUUUUUAGAAACAAAAUAUGCUUUUUCUUAGGGCUGAGCUGAGACCGGGCAGGGGUGCAUUGCGUGAACAUUGCGCCCUACACUCCUCUUCCCUUUGGGUGAUCUUGUGGGGCACUUAUUCUCAGUGCCCUCCCCCCCACUAAAGCACUGCAGAGCUAAGACAUCCCCUUGCACACAUUCAGGUGGCCUGCAGCAUGGUGUUCUCAACCCUGGCAGCACUUUAUUGAGCUGAUUCUCAACCUCGGUUGGCUGCAAAUUCUGCACCACUUUGCAGGGGGCAGGGGAUCAAAGUAGCGCUCCAUCUUCCUGGUAACGUUGAUGCAGCCAGUCAGAUCUGACUUUGUGGCAUCGCAGAGGCCAAACAAAACUAGUUCAGAGGGAGGGCAGUUCACUAGCUUUUGUCCUCACUAUGCAGCCCAAAUCUUGACUCUGUGGUGAUGUUACUUUAACUAAGAGAGGGGAAGCUUAAUUUCAAACAAAUUGCACUCAGGCAGUGAAAAGCAGUGAACGAACAAGAAAAGGGUAAGAUUUUAGGGGUCUCUUUGGAAGCUUCAGACUCCUCGAGAGCCCCCUUUUCAUGUCGAAAAUCUCUGCUGGUGAACAUUCGACUCAGUCCUCGCUCUCAACCCCCCCACCCCCGCCAGUUUCUAGCAUGCAGUGCAGGUGUUGUUAGCAGAGGAAUUUGACAGUUAUGAUACUCUACAAAUUGGCGAGAGAAAACUACAUUUAUGAAAAUAAUAAAUUACUCUGAAUAUAUCUUGCUCCUGCAGUUUGAAUAUCAUUCAUUACAGAAGUCAGUGUUAAGUAUCUCCUUUUGGUUUAAAAACAGUAGGUGCUGGAGCUACUUGUUACAUUUAUUAUGGAAACUUCCCUUUUUCAACUGGAUUUCAAAGACAUUUUUUAAAAGAGACAGGACUCUGGUCUGCAGACUUUGAGUAUAGUUCUGUUCAAGCCAGUGGAUCUGCUCUAGAGUAAUUAGAUUUUGGAUUGUGACCAUAUUUUAGAGCAACUUAUGCCACUUUACUAAAAAAAAACCAUAAUGUGAUGCGUUAAAUAAUUGGGUAUAAUACCAAAGGUUCCAUUAACAAUUACAUACCAUAUGUAGGUUUUCAAGGAUUUUGGAUAUGAUGAGAGCAGAUGAACCAGCAACUUGCUACAUCUUCCUUUUGAAGGAAUAAAGGUUUCCAGGAAGAAAUAGAACCAUAGAAUGUUUAGAAUUCUAUGCCAAUAUUUUAAUAUAGUACAUUUUAUUGAACGUACUGGAACCAUCAUGCAUCAAUUUUUUGGUGCCAGAUAUUUUUUCCCAACCUACCUUCUUAUAACAUUAAGAGAAGCAAGAAAGUAGCCUAUAAUUGUAUAAUAUUUUUCAUGUAAUCAGUAGUAACUGUUUGCACAAAAUUCUUAUUUAAGUUAUAAGCUUAAACGCUGAACCUGCAUCUCGUUAAUUUUAAAUCUUUUCAGCAAGCAAAGAUCACUUUGUUUUUACAGUUAACUUGAUCCUUUAGUAAAGUAUUUGUAAAAACACAAAAGGACUUGUAUGUUUUUGAUUUAUUUCUGAAAUUAAAAUAUGCCAACAAAUUUAA